GGAACACUGGAAGCAAAAAAAAAUCCAGCUACUCAAUUGCACCAUGCGCCACCCCGAAGAGGGCUCCGAAUAAUCACCGGGAAGCUGUUUGUACUCAAAGUAUAUUAAAUUAUGAUAACGUCUGACUAUCCUGGAGCUCCCGCGCUAUGUUUUUACUUUGUCUACUCGCUUUUAUGGACAACCGUCGCCGCCGUUGCCCGCCUGUAAUGACGCUUCUCAACUACACAGAUGGACUAAGAAAUAAAACAAGAAUGGAGGUGUAAGUUGGACCGAGCGGAACAUAAUAUAUUUUCUUGCAUCCUGCUGGAGCUGCAUUUUCGAUGUGGGCGAUCACGGAUAACAGGAUUUUAACUGAAGUUGAAUGAUGGCGUCACGUUGGAUUAAUUCUUGUGAAGACGAUGAGAGACAGCAAGCAAGAUCUUCUUUCUGUGAGAAUGACGGCUCAGAGUGGAGAGGCCUGGCUGAUUCUCCUCCGCAAAACCCAACAGAGGAUGAGGCAUUCUCAUGGCCAAGACCUAAAACCGUGCGUUUACGUCGCACUUCCCAAGGGUUCGGCUUCACUCUGCGGCACUUCAUUGUGUAUCCACCGGAAUCAACCACGCACUGCUUCCCGGAGGAAGAUUACGGCCGCAGAGGGAGACAACGGAAUAGGCUAGAGCCGAUGGACACCAUUUUCGUGAAGCAAGUCAAGGAAGGUGGCCCUGCUCACGGAGCUGGGCUUUGCACAGGUGAUCGCAUAGUGAAAGUAAAUGGAGCAAGCAUCAUUGGGAAAGCCUAUUGUGAGGUGAUAUCCUUGAUCCAAGACAGUGGUGACUUUCUUGAACUUUGUGUGAUGCCAAAAGAUGAGGAUAUACUUCAGCUGGCCUACUCCCAGGAUGCCUACCUCCGUGGCCAAAGCAGCUACAGCGGAAAUGCCUGUCACAUUCCUGAACCACCCUCAGUAUGCUACCCCAGAGUAGACUGUAAGCCUACGGGCAUGGCCCAGGCGACAGACUCAGUGGGGCAGGUCUGCCGAGGGCCAGCAGCACCUCCAGACCAUGGAUACCGCAAGGAGAUCACCGUGCCCCCAUCUCCUCCUCCUCAACCGUAUCCGAAAAGCCAGAUGGCAGUGUGCAUGCGCAACGACAGUGUGAGGACGGUGGUGGUUCCUCCUGAUGCAGCCCACAUGGGGCGCAUGGGUCCAGCUCACAGGAUAGAUUACAUGGACCCUGUUUUUGUUAGGGGGAGGCCUGGGUCACUGGCCCAGUAUCCUCACCCUCGAAAGGCUGAUGUCUACCCCAGUGGUCCAGGAAUGGUUUCAUAUGGAGGUCAGGGACCUCACUACCCAGCCAACCAUCAAAACAUUGAUUGGCGCACCUACCAGACAUACAGGGAGUACAUUGACAACAAAGGAAUCCAUUCCCAUGCUAGUCGGACUAUCCAGGAGAGGCUGGAUAAUUUGCGGGCUGCCAGUCAGACCACCUUUGGCCCUACUCAUCACAUUCCCCGGGGAGACUGGGGUCCUAAGGGGAUACGACGGAGGAGUACAUCCCAUGAGCGGUCAUACCAAGGACCUCCACCCCACUUUCAGAUUGCCCCACGCAGUGCCUCGCAGGACCGCAUGAGUAGCGCAGAGAGGGUGGGCCAUGCCAGGAACUGGCCUCCUCGAAGUGUAUCCCAAGACGGCCUAGUGCACAAAGCCCGGGCACACUCCAUAGACUAUGUCGACCCUUCAGAGCUGGUCCGAAUCAGUGAGAGGAGAGGAGGGUAUGGAAGGGUGGACCAAGGUACAAGGCCCAGCAGGCAGUCUAUCCCCAGACAAGCCAUGCUCUAUAGGCCCUCUGCUGGAUACAGUGGUGGCAUGAGAGUAGCAACCAACCCUUCUCUCUACUCUAAAGGACCAGACUCUCUUCAGACCCGCUCCUCACCCAUGCUGUCAGACAGACCCUCGCAUUUUGGAAAGAGUACAAGUGCUGAACAUUCUUUUGCUGACCAAAGAGUAGCAGUCAAAGGAAACCAUCCAGGCCACUCUACGCAGCAAGGCCAGAGCAGGAUGCGGGCUGAAACCAUGCUGCCCAUUGAGGCAGGCAGAGACGCAGCAUUGGUAGGACACAGGUCUUCUUCAUGCUCCACCCCAAAACAGAUGCCUCAGAGGCCGAGCAUCCUUAAACCUCCCCACCUAGACUCCCAAAGUCAGGUCAAUGGUCGAAGUCCGACAGAGACCGGGGUGGUUCUAAGGGAGAAGCCACCCUCUGGAAAGAACCCCAGCCCCCUGCGACACCCUUCCUACAUCCUGGCCGUAAACGACGAGGGACCAGACUCCACAGCAGAUGUGGUGGCGUGCUGGCUUCCCAACGAUGCACGUCGCGAGAUACACAUACGCCGCCUUGGGGAACAACGUCACACCUCCUGUUCUAGCAACCUGGAUGAGUCUCUGGACUCCAUUCCAUUCAUCGAUGAGCCAGUCAGCCCCAGUGUCGACCGGGAGGCCGCUCCUAUCCCACCCUCCGCUGUGAUAUCUGUUGCACCAUCCAUAACUACAGGUCCCUCCAGUCCAGGCUCACCUUGCCCUACCAUUCGACGUCAGCUAUCACAUGACCAAGAAUCCCUUAGAAGCGCUUUGCUGGAGUCUGAAUCAGCCAGUAAAACAGAGCGGUCCAAAUCCUAUGAUGAGGGUCUGGAUAACUACCAGGAGGAGGGCAGAGGGAGAUCUUCUAGUAGGCACAUGCCCAGCUUCCGGGGCCUCAGAAAGGCUCUGGACGGACAUAAAUCAUCUGGGGAUUCUGGAUCUCGACGGGAUUCCUCCUCAGAUAUCUUUGCUGAUUCUUCCAAAGAAGGGUUGCUCAACUUUAGACAGCUUAAUACAGAUAAAAAUAAGCGUGUUAGUGGAGGAAUGAGAUCCUGGAAGCAGAUGUAUGCUGUUUUACAAGGUCACACCCUGACCCUCUACAAAGACAGGAAGGAUGCGCUGUCUCAUGCUUCGACACAAUCUGACGAGGACCCACUACGAAUCAGCAUCAAGGCCUGUCUGAUUGACAUCUCCUACAGCGAUACAAGACGCAAGAAUGUGCUGCGACUAACCACCUCAGACUGCGAGUAUUUGUUCCAGGCAGAAGGGAGGGACGACAUGCUAUCCUGGAUCAGAGUCAUUCAGGAAAACAGUAACCCAGAUGAAGAGAAUGCUGCUGUAACAAGCCAGGACUUAAUCAGUCGAAAGAUUAAAGAAUACAACAUGAUGAGUGCACCCAGCAGCAGGUCUGAACCUUCCCCCAAAACCUCCCGUCAGUCCCUUAGUAUUAAACAAGCCUUCCUGGGAGGUAAAAUUGACGGCAAGAUCCACAGCCCUCAUUCACCUAAAACAGGAGAGGAGCGGAAGGCGCUGAGAGAUGACUCCAGUCCACCAAGGGACAGAGCUGCUUGGAAAAUCGGUAUCGCAGGUAUCAUGAGGAAGCCCUUUGAAAAGAAGACUCCAGCUGGGGUCACGUUCGGGGUGCGGCUUGAUGACUGUCCACCUGCGCAGAGUAACAGGUUUGUUCCUCUGAUCGUGGAGGUGUGCUGUAAGGUGGUGGAGGAGCGAGGUCUGGAGUACACGGGGAUCUACAGGGUCCCUGGGAACAACGCUGCCAUCUCCAGCAUGCAGGAGGAGCUCAACAGCAAAGGCAUGACUGACAUCGACAUCCAGGAAGACAAAUGGCGGGACCUUAACGUCAUCAGUAGUUUACUAAAGUCCUUUUUCCGAAAACUUCCAGAACCUCUGUUUACAAAUGAAAAGUAUGCUGAUUUCAUUGAAGCCAACAGAACAGAAGAUUCAGUGGAGAGAUUAAAGGAGCUCAAAAGGCUGAUCCAUGAAUUACCUGAUCAUCACUAUGAGACUCUGAAAUUCCUCUGUGCUCACCUGAAGAGGGUUUCUGACAACUGUGAAAAGAACAAGAUGGAGCCCCGUAACCUGGCGAUAGUGUUUGGUCCAACGCUGGUCAGAACCUCAGAGGACAACAUGACCAACAUGGUCAAUCACAUGCCGGACCAGUGCAAGAUAGUUGAGAACCUUAUCCAGCAAUAUGACUGGUUCUUCACUGAUGACGGUGAUGAGGACCCUGUUACCACAGCUGAGCAGGAAAGCACAGUGCAGUCUCAGCCUGUGCCCAAUAUUGACCACUUGCUCUCCAACAUUGGACGGACCGCACCAUCACCGGGCGAAGUCUCAGAUUCAGCAAAUAGUGACUCCUCCAAAUCAAAGCAGGGCUUGUGGGGGUCAGGGAAGGAUCAGUGUAGCAAAGAGAUGCUGCGCUCCUCCUUCUUUGUCAGCCGUAAACGUAAGAAGCCCAAGGACAAAGGUCACCCCAGCAGUUCAGACGACGACCUGGACGCUGUGUUCCCGAAGAAGGAGCUCCCGGAGGAGAGCCAGCAGCAGCCUCUGUGGUCCCCAGACAGCCGGACCGAGGAGGAGGGGGAGACAGAUGAAACCAGUGAGAAAGAGAAGCAAAGGAACAGCUCUGAGGAACAGCUGGACGCAACUAACAGGAACGAAUCUCUCUCCAGCAGCCUGAUGUCGCAGCCCUCUCCCUCACUGCCUCCAGAACACAUUUCCUCCACCCUCCAAACUGGAUCCCCCUACGCCUCACCUCCUCACUCCCCAAACCUCAGCUACCGCAUGCCAAUGGCUCACCAGUCCUCCCUGUCAGACCCGCCCUCCAACUACGAUGACACGGUGUCCGACCUCGGUACGAUGAACAGCACCAGCUCUCAGGCUUCGGUGCCCAGAGUGAGGCGUGGCAGGAUGGUGGCCCUGGGGCCGGAAGCAGGCCCCAGCGGGCUGGGGGCAGAGGUUUGCUCCAUCACCUCUGACUACUCCACCACCUCCUCCAUGACAUUCCUGACUGGAGCUGAGCUCAGCACCCUCAGUCCCGAAGUGCAGUCUGUGGCAGAAAGCCGGGGCGGGGAUGACGCAGACGACGAGAGAAGUGAGCUCAUCAGCGAGGGAAGGCCAAUGGAGACGGACAGCGAGAGUGACCUGUCUGUGUUUACUGUCGGGAAAGCUGAUCAGAGAGAGCUGCAGGAAGCUCCACGACCUCUCCCCUCCCACAGACUCAUCGAAUGUGAUACACUCUCCAGAAAGAAAAAUGCCCAACAGAAAACCGACAGCGAGUCCUCGCUGGACGGAGCUCGGAGCGAUAAAGAUUCCAACAGACUGUCACGUGUAUUGGGGUCAGUUAAGGGCCGUUCAACUGGCAGCCUCAGCUCCUCGUCCCGCAGCGAGCUGGAUAAGGCAGAGCCCACGUGGAAGCUUAAGAUCACUGAUCGACUGAAGGUGCGUCUGCGAAUGUCUGUGGAUGACAUGUUUGGUGUGGGCAGCCAGAGGAGCCGAUCCCCGGAGGGCCGCAGCAAGAAGAAGAACAUCAGACGCAGACACACCAUGGGCGGUCAAAGGGACUUUGCAGAGCUGUCCGUUCUGGGAGACUGGCCGCAGCAGAUCGGCAUCGGUUCGGGCUCUCGGUCAGAGCUGUCAGCCGUGGACCGGCUGAAGCCCAAGUGCAGCUCUCAGGACUUCUCCAUCGGGGACUGGAUUGCCCGUGAACGCCACCGCACCAGCAAUCCCGAGGUCAGCCUGGACUUUCCCGAACAGUUAGGGAUACUGAGCAGCGGGAACUCCCAAAACUUGGGAGCCUCGUUCUCUUCUGAACUCCCGCAUCGUCCAGCUGAGGUGGUGAACGGGGAUGUCCCCCAGAGUAAAAAUCUGAGCCUCUCAGCCACCGCUCACCCACAUAAACUCACCAGUUCCCAGGUGGUCCAUUCACGAUUCUAUCAGUACCUGUGAGAAGUGUUGGACGUGUGUGACUGUGUAUGUUCUUCGUUUGUGAGAUGUGUACUUACUUGGGAAUCUGUCAGUAUAAUGUCUGUUGUGUGACCAAUGUUAGUGAAUGAGCAUGUUGUACAAAAAAAAAAUGUCUGGAGUGUGUGUAAGUGGUGUGUGUGCUUGUGAAAAGAGAAUUAACUGCACACAGGGAUCGUUGAUCUUUGCUCAUGUAUAAGGCAUGGAACAAAAUGUUGUUUAUACCUUUUUAAUUUUUCUCUUUUUUUUAAAUGACAAAUGACUUUGAGAUGGGUCAGCAGGAGGACUUCCUCCCUCCGCAUACAAGCCCGUGUUAUGCUGAAGAUUGAGUGGACCUGUCGCUCAUGAAACAAUGAGCCUGUGAAGUAUGUGCAAGGAAGUGUGAACACUCAGAGUUGAGAUUGUUUUAAAGGUUUAGCUAAGUGGCUUUAAGGAUGAACUGACUUAUAGAAUGGAUAGGAAGUAGUAAAAAAAGUACAGAUUUUUAGUAUUGCAGAGGAACUAUUUUUGUGUAAAGAAAGUAACGAUGUUCAAAGUCAGUGAGUCUCUCAGUAACCAAAUGAAGAAUGUACAGACAUGCUUGCUGUAAUACUGACUAAAAGCUUUAGAUGCUUGUGUUUCAUUCUAAAGUGUACAUAUCCCUAUUUUUCUGUGUACUUGAAUUGUGUUUUUGGUACAGCCUGUGUGUGGACUGCCUACUGUCAAAGGGGCCUUUCCAAAGGUACAGACGGGACAAGGAGACACUGGACUUUAUGCAAAUGGAAAAAAACAGUUAUUAUUCAUCCCAGCUGUAUGGUUUAAAGAGCAGUGAACAACAUCCCUCUGAUGCAAAUGUUAUGCUGUGUUUUAGUGUUUGUGGUUCACACAUCUGUCAAGAGCAAGGAAAAAGAGAAUGGGUAAUCUAAUCAGAAAAAAAUCAUGUUUCUUCACAAUAGGAAGUGCCUCACAAUGAAAUGUUAAGGGUGCCAUAUUGUCUUUGUUGAGAUACACGAAGAUGUUACUGUGAAUGACAUUUUUAUUGUCGACUCUGUCAUUCUACAGGUUAUGUAACAAAAUGCCGAGCUUCCAUUCCUUAGGCAUUCCACUCUGGUCUUAACAUGUUUUAUACUUUUUUUUUCUUUUUCCUCCUGUUUUUCAUUUUUUGAUUUUAACAGAACUUGAAUUUUAAAUAUUCCUUGUAAAAUAAGUAACUUAAAUGUACAUAUAAAUGCCAUGUUUUAGCUGCUUUAAUUUACAUUUCCAUCAGAUUGCAGGACUAAGUACAGUAUUGUGAGACGAUUACGCUCAUGAGGGCCUGUGUGGGGUAGUUUGGUACUUCUCUGUGGAGAGAGAGAGAGAGGUCCCUGCAGGAGGAAACACUUCAUUGAGCUGGACCAUUGUACCAAUGCUGUGUUCCUCCGAUUGCGAGAGGGGUGUGCACAGACUCCUGAAACACUGGAAAUAAAUUUUGUCAAUGGCAAA